AUGAGGUUAAUCCUUGUAGGCGCUCUAAUUGGAGCAUGGGCAAGCUAUGUGGCCGCAGAAACGCUGGCCACUCGCGAGGUGGUAGCCAAUCUCCCGGCCGGUUGGAAGUUUGAGAAGCCAGCGAAGGCAGAAGAGCCGAUACAGUUAUCAAUCGCACUCAAGCAGCCCAGAAUCAAUGAACUAAAAACCCGUCUCAAUCGUAUCAGCGAUCCGCGACAUGCUGAAUACGGACACCAUCUCACGAGGGAUGAGGUGAAAGCCUACCAAGCACCCGACCGAAAGACGUUGGAUUUGGUCGACUCAUGGCUCAGGUCGAACAGAAUCACAGAUAUAACCAACGAAGGCUCAAUGGUGAAAUUCACUUCGACUGCUGCGGAAGUUAAUAGGAUCCUUCGUACCAACCUAGGAUAUUAUUCUUUCCAGGACUCUUCAUCAUUCAUGCGUGCUCAAUCGUAUGCACUGCCUCGGAUACUUGACGGAAAUGUCGAGUUUAUAUAUCCAAUCUCCAACUUUAUGCCGCCACCUCAAUCUAGGCUCAAGCACCGCCCUUCUCGAAAAGCAGCCUUCAAGGCGAGCGACGACGACCAGCCUUGCUCAUCGGGCGUCACUCCAGCGUGUCUCAAGAAGCUUUAUAAUGUGACAUAUGCUGACACUAAAACUCCCAUAGAGUCACCUGUCCGAUUCGGAAUAGCUGGCUUCCUUGAGCAGUGGAUCAAAUACGACGAUGUUUCCGAAUUCCUCGGAAGGUAUUCACCGGAACUCGCACCACUGAAUUAUAACUUCACGGUUGUCACUCUAAAUAAUGGCACAAAUCCUCAGCCUAAUGCACCAGAAUCGAGAGCGGGGCUAGAGGCUAGUUUAGAUGUAGAGUACGCCAUGGCCCUUGCCUAUCCGGCGAAUGUGACCUACUAUUCAACGGGAGGACGAGGCGAGAAGAUUGAUCGCGAGGGAGAGUUGAUGCCAUCGAAUAGGAGCGAUAAUGAGCCAUACCUCGAGUUCUUUCAGUACCUUCUUGACCUUAAGGACGAAGAAAUACCUCACGUUAUGAGUAUCUCAUACGCCGAUGAUGAGCAGUCGGUGCCGGCUCCAUAUGCUGCUCGCGUGUGCGACCUUCUUGCUCUUGUUGCAGCUCGCGGUAUUACAGUCCUCUCUGGAUCCGGCGAUGGCGGCGCUGGCGGCAUAGGGCAGAACCAGUGCUACAGCAACGAUGGUCGAAGGCGCAAGAUAUUCCUUCCCACGUUCCCAGCCAGCUGUCCGUACGUCACGGCUGUAGGCGCAACAGGAAACACUCUGCCAUUAGAGGGAGCCGACUUUAGUACAGGUGGCUUCAGCAACUACUUCGCUAGGCCAGAGUGGCAGAAGGGCGUCGUGGACGAGUAUCUAUCUACCCUCAACGGAUCUCAUAGAGGUCUAUAUAACGCAUCCGGACGGGCGUUCCCUGAUAUCAGUGCUACUGGUACGAAUUACGUUAUCCAAGUAGGCGGCUACCAGACCGAUGUACUUGGGACGAGUGCUAGCACACCAGUGGUAGCCGCUUUAGUGGCGUUGAUCAAUGAUUCGAGGUUGAAGGCGGGGAAGAAUAGCACAGGAUGGCUAAAUCCAGCGCUAUAUUCGCAGCCUGUUAGGGAAGCGCUACAAGACAUCACGACGGGCGUCAGUCAGAAUUGUGUGUUUGGCGAUGCUAAAGAGCCUGGAUGGGAGAGCGUAAAGGGCUACGACUGCGUAACUGGCCUCGGCUCCUUUUACAAGUCAUUCUCGCGCGAUGACUCCUUUACGCGCUUAGAUCACAAUCCCUCCGAAUUUGCGACUGGCCUUGGGCAUUCUGUCACACCUACUUCUUCGGAAUUGCUCCAAGACGUCGCCAACUCGCUGGGGAAAGCCAAAAAGGUUGUCAUAAUCACAGGUGCUGGGAUAAGUACCAAUUCUGGUAUCCCAGACUUCCGCUCAGAAAAUGGGCUUUAUUCACUCAUCCAGGCCCAGUUUGAACGGGCGGAGGCCGGUCAUAGUAAAUAUAGCGAAGGACAGGCUGUUGAUUUCGCUAUAAGCGAACGCCCGACCAAAAGAAGAAGAAUAUCACAUACGACUGAAAGGAUAAUAGACCAACAUAAACCCACGAAAGCGGUAGACGGCUCGGAUAGUCAGAAAGCCCAGGAUAGGGCGAAUACGUUAGUCGGCGGUACUGAUGGGGAUACAAUAACCCUUAUUCGAUCUGCGAGAGAGGCCCCUGUAAAACAAGAAGUAGUAGCUUCUGGAAUAUCGUUACAGCGACUUACUAGGUCGCAGUCAGGACUGCGGCCACCAUUACCUCGACACGCCUCGCAAUAUUCCGUGCAAUCUUCUACAUCCCAAGAGUCAUUAUUUUCAGGCUCCCGACUUUCAAGAACCUCAGCUAUUCUGGGCAAGGUAUUUAGCUCGUCUCCCCUCUCUUCGCCACCGCCUGUUUUAUUCGACCCCUACGAAAAUGCGAACUCAUCUACGGAGGGUAGUUCACGAGAGAGUGCGGAAAGUUCCGAGGCGUCCGACCUGGAAGACACACAAAAUUCCCUAGAUCUCCUGUCUUCGCAGACCUCUAAUUCGAGCCUACGUAAUAUGAAAGGACGAGAUCUAUUCGACUGUAAUAUAUGGGCUGAUCCACUGAAGACAUCCGUAUUUUAUCGCUUCGCCACUACGCUAAGGCAAAAAGUAAAGGAGGUUGAACCAACCACAACUCACCGCUUUAUCGCGCAACUACGUGAUGUUGGAAAACUUGCCAGAGUAUAUACUCAGAAUAUCGACGAAAUCGAGAAGAAGAUUGGUCUUUCUACGGACUUGAAGAGCGGUGCAGGCAAUAAGAGGAGGAAGUCUGCUAAACAACAACUGGCAGAUUGGGGGAAGGAUUCCAAGGAGAAUUUGGAAGGAUCAAAGGACGAAGAAGACGCUAAUGUGGAUGUUGGACAAGCCUCACAAGGCUCUGAGACUUCCGGGCGAAACAUUACUCGUUCAAUUUUAGCUCAAGACAAGGGUGUUGAAUGUGUGUUCCUUCAUGGCUCUCUACAUGCCCUUCGCUGCUUCGUUUGCGGGAAGCUCUGUGAUUGGGAUGAAGAUGGACGGGAAUCCUGUACGAUGUCGGGCGAACAGCCCGAAUGCCCCCACUGCGCGGGAGCAACUGCUGCGCGCCAGGAAAAGGGGAAGAGAGCCUUAGGUAUCGGCAAGCUUAGGCCAGACAUUGUCCUCUAUGGAGAAGAGCAUCCGCAGUCUGAUCUCAUAUCUCCCAUAGUUCAGCACGACCUUUCCGUCGGACCGGACCUCCUCCUAAUAUUAGGAACUAGUCUUAAGGUCCACGGUCUGAAAGUGAUGGUCAAGGAAUUUGCUAAAGCUGUGCAUAAUAAAGGAGGCAAGGUCAUAUUUAUUAACCUGACGAGGCCGUCCGAUAGUGCUUGGGGCGACAUUAUAGAUUACUGGAUUGAGUGGGAUUGUGAUGCUUGGGUUGACGACUUGAAAGAUAGGAAGCCGCACCUUUGGCUGUCCCCCGAUGAGAUUUUGCAAUCCGAAAAGCAGAGGCGCGAGGCUUUAGCCGAGAAGAAGAAGGAGACUAUAUCCAAGAAGCGGGAAAGCUUGGGUGAGAAGAGGCGACACACGAUCGAAUUCACCAAACCUCGGCCACCACCUAAAAAUCCGUCUUCUAUGAGGAACGAUUACCAAUGUGGAGCAUACGUAGUUUGGGAGAUAUUCCAAACCCUAGCCAGGAUCGGUGACCGUCCUUUUGAUAAUCUCGGAUACACACUCCCUUGUCGACCUCCGCCGGCUGUCCUACCUCCUAUUCCUAGCCACCCUACCCCGGUAUCUCAGACUACCAUCCCGACUACCAAAUCAAAGAAACCAAGGAAAUCAGCACCGGCCGCCCUCGUCUCUUCAGCCAAUGCGGGGACAGAUCCAGAGAUCAAAUUUGGACCUGCUAACAAAGGUACGUUCUUAGCUAAUUGCAAUAGCCGGAGACAAUACGAAAAGGCUGCUCAAGAGCUCGCACGCUCUGGUAAAUCUCCGACCCCGAUUAGGUUAGCGGAAUUAAACCGCAGCGCAACGCCUCAUAGAAAGAGUGCGACGCCUCCUUCGUAUGAGCCGCCCAGUUCCAUCACUGCCGCUGUUAAAAUUAAUCCUCGCCGGCGGAAACGAAAGAUGAUUGAGGGAAUCCCGGUUGGUGGAAUAAUUCCUCGAACUAAGAAACCUGCACCUCCACGUUCCGCACCAGGCCGCAGCCUUAAGGGAGCAAAUAGCACCGAAAAUGGGUUGGCUUCUUCAACAAACUGUAGGGCGCUUCCUUCUAAAGGACCAAUUUUACCUCCUUUCCACCCUGGGUGGGAGCGUUCGCCUCCUGCGAGGAUCAAGCCCCUGGAGCCGAGUUUGAACGUAUCACCACGGAGUCCACUAUCUGACCUACCACCAAUAGCGCGACCCCAGAUUUUUGCCAUACGCCAGGCGACGCACCCCAUGCUAUUUAGCGAUCCGCUUAUCAAGUUACGAUACGAGACGACAAAUUAUAGAAGGCCACCUAAGGAAUCUAGUGUAGGUGCUUACGACAAACCGCCUAGCCCUUCAGACCAACUUCGAUGGGAAUUAGCCCAACAGGAAGCCCUCGAGGGAGCCCAGGUACUCGAAGGACUAAAAUAUUCGAGAUGA